AUGCAAGGAAUUCAACAAAUAACCCAAGAGGUAAAUAAAAAAAGUAAAUUAAAUAGUAUUGAUAACACUAAAAAAGUGAUUACGGCUUUCUUAGAAACUUUACGAGAAAAACUAAAUCAAGGUGAAGCCAUUAAUUUUAAAGGAUAUUUUAAUCUCAAAAGGAUUACUACUAAACCCGUAGGAGUUAAACAUUGUAGCAAACACGAAAAAGCUUUAAAUGAUUUUAAAUUAGCCAAUAAAGGCAAAGGAAUUAUGGCUUUCACUAAAUCGGAAAAAUUUCGUAAUUUAGUCCGGGACACUAAAAACUGUAAAGAAUGUCAAAAUAAAAAAUCAGCCUUAGCUAAAAAUGCUAAAUUAACUAAUCGCAUUAGUUUUAAACCUAGUAAAGAUUUUUGA